UUGAUAUGGAAGGUAGCGAAUAUGGAUCGCUCAGUGGUUGUCACAAGUACUGUGGCAGUAAUUUUGUAUCUCAAUACCCUUACUGCGGAUUUUGCCUAUGAUGACAGUCGUGCUAUAAAGAAAAACCAAGACCUCCUGCCGGACACGCCAAUAAUCAACGUAUUCUAUGACGAUUUCUGGGGUACACCUCUGACGCAUAGCGGAUCACACAAGUCAUACCGGCCAUUAUGCGUGCUCUCUUUCCGCCUCAACUACUACCUUCAUGGGUUGAAUCCCAUGGGCUACCACCUGGGCAACAUCAUACUACACGCCCUAGUCACUGGACUUUUCACACACUUGGCCGGAAUAGUCCUGAGAAGAAAACUCGCAGCGUUGUUUGCGGGACUUCUUUUUGCCGCGCAUCCUGUGCACACAGAAGCAGUUGCGGGGAUCGUCGGCCGAGCUGAUGUCGGAUGUUGUUUAUUUUUUCUGCUCUCUUUGCUGUCUUAUAUGAAAUACUGCAAGUUUCGGGACAAGGAUCGGCCAUUUGCCCAGCGUUGGGCCUUUCUCGUAGGAACUGCCAUAUUUACUGCUGCUAGCCUGUUGACCAAGGAGCAGGGAGUGACCGUGCUGGCAGUCUGUGCCAUAUAUGACAUUUUUAUACAGAAUAAGAUACCACCAAAAUACAUAUAUUAUAUUUUUACUAAGAAAAAAUACCGGGGGCUGCUGGAGGGUUUAUCAUGGCUUGUGUUGUGUGGGAUCUCAAUGGUUGCGUUCCGUUUAUACUUCAUGGAGAAGACACCACCAGAAUUCGCACCAGCGGACAAUCCGGCAUCAGACUCUGACAGUUAUGUGACAAGGACGUUAACAUACUUUCUGCUUCCUACGUUUAACUUCUGGUUAUGUGUUUGUCCGAGAGUGCUCAGUUUUGAUUGGUCAAUGGAGGCCAUACCGCUAGUGGAACGAUUCACGGACCCGAGGAAUAUGUUUACGGUGAUAUUUUAUAGCGCGGUGGGAUAUUUUGCAUUUUUUAUCUUAAAAUCAUUCCAUGUGAAAGGAGAAGGCUCAAAGGAUAGUUUUAACGGGAAUGGCUUUGCGCAUCAUAUAGGCGGGAGCCACACCUACCACAAGCCGCAUAUAUCACACAAAAGUAGAAAACACUUGCGGCGUAAUUCAUCAAGUUCGACCGAUAGUAACGAAGACGAUUCACAUAGUGUCCAAGAGGUGUCGUCUCGGACAAUCGAAGUCAUGAUCUUGUCGAUUGCGCUCAUUGUAUUCCCUUUUAUCCCAGCGACAAAUUUAUUUUUCUACGUCGGGUUCGUGAUAGCGGAGCGAGUGUUGUAUAUACCCAGUUUAGGAUUCUGUUUGCUCGUUUCACAUGGUGCUCAUAUUCUGUAUAAACAUUGCCAACGGAAAAAACAUUUCGGCCAAUCGGUUGUUGCCUGCUGUGCAGUGCUCGUGGCGAUGUUUAGCAUGAAAACGGUGGUGCGGAACAUGGACUGGGAGAGUGAAGAGAAUCUAUAUCGAUCGGGCAUAUCGAUAAACCCCCCAAAAGCGUGGGGAAACUUAGCUAAUAUAUUCAAUUCACGAGGCAUGGUCAAAGAGGCAGAAGAGUCAUAUCGUGCAGCGCUAACAUAUCGAGGGAACAUGGCUGAUGUUCAUUAUAACCUUGGCAUUCUAUUACAAGAGCAGAAAAGGUAUCAAGAAGCGAUAGAAAGCUACACCCUAGCUAUCAACUUCAGGCCGAGGCUAACAAUGGCUCAUCUGAAUCUUGGGAUUGUCUUUGGUAUUCUGGGGAAGAAUGCUGAAGCAGAGAAGGCUUACACCCAUUGCUCAAACAUCGACAUAUCAGGCCUAAAAGAUCCUCGACUUCAUGAGAGUACGAAGAUCUCUGCUCUAUUCAACCUCGGGCGUUUGCUUAGCGACCAAGAGAGACCUGCUGAGGCAGUACAGGUCUAUCAGCAGGCCAUUCGGCGACGCCCGCCGCAUUACGCCCCGCAGAGUCUUUAUAACAUGUUAGGGGAGGCCUAUAUGAAACUUCAAAACAUGGAAGAAGCUGAGUUCUGGUACAAGGAGGCCCUGAAGGCUAAGCCCGAGCAUGUGCCUGCCCACCUGACCAUGGCCAAGCUCAUGCAGAAGAGGGGACGACUGGCUGACGCUGAGGAGUGGUUCAAGAAGGCACAGAAGCUGGAUCCCAAAGAUAGCAGUGUGUUCCAGCACUAUGCUCAAUACUUAGCCGACGUUGGACGAACGAAGGAAGCAGCAGAGAUGAACCUCCAGGCGCUCCGACUGACCCCUGAGGACUUUGAGCUCGUUUUCAACACUGCCAACUCCCUGAGACAGGCCGGUCAGAAUCUGGAUGCGGAAAAAUAUUACAAGCGGGCGGCUGAUCUCAAACCUGAUAUGGCCACUGCCCACAUGAAUCUUGGUGCAAUGUAUCACUACAACAAUAAACUCGAGGAGGCAGAGAAAAGCUACCUGCGGGCUCUGAAUUUGAAGCCAGAUGACACUCUGACGCAAGAAAAUCUGAAAAAGUUACGCAAUCUUAUGAGAACGAAAGGCAAACGCGAGGGAAGCAGAUGAGAGGAUCAGUGACCUUGACCCAAGGUCAAGUGACGUUGGUCGAGGUCAAGGUCAGGACAUUGAUGUUGAAGGAUAUACACAUUUGCAGACUCUCAUGACAACAUAUCAGGGGUUAAAUUGGACUAGGACGAAAUGAUCUUCAUUCUAUUGGAUGACCUUGAGUGGUCAAGUUACCCCUUGAUGACCUUGAGGAGGUCAAAUUCCAUUCAGUGAUAUGAAGUAUCUAGUAUUGCUAUACAGGUUAGCUUUGAAGUUGGCCCUCCUAAAAUGGUUACCUCUUACCUGGGCCAUAGGUAAAGUCAAAAUCAAUGUAAAAUAUGUCUUCAAGCUAUUUUCAGUUUGUGAUAUGUUAGUUUCUGUCCUUGUUAGUCUGUAAAAUAUCUUCUGUUAACCUCCUAAGCCUGAAAAAAUCCAGCUCUAUCCUAAUUAGAGUCAAUCUGGACGUAAAUUUAAUUGAUACCUCAUAUUACUGUAAAUUGUUGUAAUUCGGAGGGCUCACAUAGUUAACUCCAGGUAAGGGUCAAAUGUGGAUUAAUAGUCAAUAAGUUGAUAUUCAGUGGCAGUUUAAAAGUGUAAAGCUUUGAAUUUGGGACAGCCACUUAAAGAGGGACAGGUUAUUUCUAAAGAUGUAUUCAGAAAAGAAUUGAGGUUUUCUCAAAUAUGCCGAGUUAAAACAGGGUCAUAAUUCACUUGUUUCCAAUCAUAAACCAAUCAAAUGCCUGUGCCAUAAUGUUACGUUUCGACUGCUGAUCAUUCAUUGCCGGUGAUGCUGGCUUAUAGCCCUUAUACUCAAGUUUGCUUAGAUACAGGUAUGCAGAUUUGUCAAGUUACAUCUGAUGUUGUAAGAACCAUUUUCAAAAGAUCAUGAAGUAAGGCAGAAACUUCCCGGGUAUCACUGGACAUACCAAGCCUUUGCCAUGGAGACAAGGAAUGCGGCUGCACAUGUAAUGGGCUGAGUCUGCGAUGCUUCCUAUUCAGGUCAUGUGGCAGGCAAAAGAGGGAGCUUUUCAGCUUAUUUGUUUCUGAGCAAAUUUGGGUCAAAAUGCACACAUGUAUACUACAAGCACUAGGUUAUAAAAUGGCACCAGCACAAGAAUCGCAUUUCUAUCUUCAAAUACUAUUGGUUUUAAUUCAAAUAUCAUGGGCCAACCAUAAUUAUGGAGUUUUAGAAAGAACCUUUUGUUUCUUUUUCCUUUGACAGAAUUCACUCUUAGUCCUCUAAGUCCAUAUCUGGCUUUUGCAAUAUGCAGCAUCAAGAAAUAAUUCGUCAAAACUGUUGCAUGGCAAACUAUCUGCCAUGCAAGCAUAUUAUUGGUCUUCUAAUAUCUUGAACAAUUUUGGUUCUUUUAAUUGACAUGUUUAAGGUGAUAUAACGUACCUAUCUUGGCACAUGAUGUUUAAAGCAUACUGUUUACAUCUUUUCCCUUUUUACAUGUAUUACAUUACAUUCCCUUUUUCUUUUUUUCUGUAUUGUUUUUUUGCUGUUAGGUUGUGAAUAUACCCCAGCUGCCGAGCUACAAAAUAUUAUGCAAAGCAGAAGCAUUUUGUGUGCAGUUAGCUAUUUGCCAUCAACUUAUGUUGGGGUCAGGGAUUUAACUUAAGCUACAACCACUGACUUAUGACUAAGUACAAGUGUCUAAUACAGAUUUCAUUGGCCAUAUACUGUACACACAUACUAGUACAGUAGAACCUCUCUAUUAAGGACACCCUCGGAACUGACAAGUACUGUCCUUGUUGGAGAGGUGUCCUGAUUAGAGAGGUCCAAUUGAAUAGAAACAAGCCAAUUUGGGAUUAAGACUAGUGUCCUUAAUAGAGAGGGUGUGCUUAAUAGAGAGGUGUCAGUUAAGGGAGGUUCCACUGUACAUGUAUUCUGUUAACAGCUUUGGAUUGCAAACUGCUCUAUCCCAUCGAGAGUUUGUGAGACUCCACCAAACUGUGUUCUUAGAUAUCAGCCAGCCAUUUAAUUGUUGAAUUGGCACAUUUUAAUCUAGCAAAGUUAAUUAAUAUAUUGUUGCACGACUCUUGAUUAAAUUUCUCCGUCUUAGCCUUUUAGGAAAUUGAUGUUUAUCUUUUAUCUCCAACGUAUCGUUUCUCCAUGUGAUUAGCUAUGCUCAAUUUACAAUUUUUCUCUCAAAAGUUGUGAUGGUUUUGUUUAUCAUGAAAUGAUGUCAGAUUGAGUGAAUAUUAUCUGAGAUGUCAGCCUGGUGGCAACAGGGGAAACUAGAGACAAGACCACUAAUGAAUAUUCAUAGCCGGUUGGAGGGUCGAGGCCUAUCAAUUAGGCGAGUGCAUGUUUUUUACUCUCAAGUACAUAUUUGGAGAUGUAUUGAAAAAAUAUUUGCUGUGGCAAGUCUGCAGAUAUAAAUAAAUUGUUUGGUAAAAAAAAUAAUUUUGAAUUUCGACAACCUGGCCAUAGGGGGGUGGUUCAAAUUUGGAGUGAAAAUGGCCGAUAUGGGUAAAAAUGUCCACUUGUGUCAAACUUGUCAAUUUUUAAAAAAAUUUCCGUGGUCAAUCACCAAUUUAAAUCGCACCAGUUACUCGCAAGAUUAACCCGUAUAUCAUAUCCGAAUUUCAGUUUCACUACUUGACGCAUUCUUUGAUGCGUCGCGGUCAAACAUUGACAAUUUAACUGCUAAAAGGCUUAAAAAAUCAAUUGUGGUCUUGUCUAACUAAGGAGAGCAAAGAUUUAAGAAUAAGCCGGCGGAUGCACCUCAAGAAAAUUGUGAGGUCUUAUUAGACUUAGUUGACGCGAAAAUAUAUUUUUGGGGUCACAACCCUGCUUCACCGUCAGUGUGUCAUAAGAUGAUGUUACAUAUCCCGAAUAUAUAGGUAAAUUAUUUUGUAUAUUUCAGUGAAGUAUUGAAUUCAUUCGGAUAUGUUGUAUGUCUAUUUGUGUACAUAUAUUGUACAAGUGCUUACUACCUGAAAGGAGAUGUUCCAGGAAUUACUGAUGGCUGUCAUAAAUGCAGAGCUUCACAUACAGUUCCUAAUGUAGAGGGCAGUGCUUGGAUACAUCCAAAAAUGUGCACAAAGUUGUUUAGAAUGUUUUCGUAAACUUUCUGCUGCAUUCCUAAAUAUCAAGUCUACUGUGCAUUCUGAGAGCCAUCUGUAAUUCCUGCUGCUAUUCCUUCCAGCAGCAGUGUGUAUUAUGCUUUUUCGGAUGUGAAUUUCAGGGUAUUGUGUGAUUCAAAUUCGCAUUAAGAACUAUGUAGCAAAAUAUGAAAUUUUGGCCAAGAAACUAUUUGUACAUAUGUCUGCCCCGUGCCAUAGGCCAAGUCAUACAUCUAAGAAUAAUUCUAACAACAAUAUCUUGGCUGCUGAGGUAUUGUUGUUUAAGUAAUGUUGUUGAUUGGUGUCCCUGAGUUUGUUUGUGUUAGAAUAUACAAUUUGACAAUGGAAAACAUUUCAGCAUAAGUUGUAACUGUCCGGUGAUAAGUUAGAUAUUGUCAACAGUUCUAUCCAUAAGUAAUAUUCCUUAUUACGCGGUACAAUAUAUUUUAGAAACUCCUCCGUGCCACAUAUCAUGAAGUCAUGACUUUCACAGAUAUGGAUGUAAGGAUUUGAGGUGAUGAAAUUCGCUUCAGUGCUGGUUAGGAAUGAAAUGUACCGUCGUAGUGUUGCGCAAUGAGGCAUGUUACUUAUGAGCAGAAUUAAGUGGAAAACAGGGAUGCCGUGUUUUAUGUAAGAUUUAUUUGAUGCUCUUUAUUGUGAUCUCAAGUCUUUGUUUGCUAUGAUUAGCUAGGUUAUUUCCUUUCACCUUGACUAGAUCUUACAUGACAUUACUGUUGACUCCAUAUGUAGUGGUGCUCUGUCUCUCCUAGUGUAUUAUCUGUCAGAUUAAAUUGAAAUUUAGUAUCUGGCAGGCUGAACUCUGUCAACUUAUAUUAGGUUUCAGUAACUGGCAGGCUCAACUCUAUCAACUUAGAUUAGGGUUCAGUGUCUGGCAGGCUCAACUCUGUCAACUUAGAUUAGGGUUCAGUAUCUGGCAGGCUCAACUCUGUCAACUUAGAUUAGGGUUCAGUAUCUGGCAGGCUCAACUCUGUCAACUUAGAUAAGGGUUCAGUGUCUGGCAUGCUGAACUCUGUCAACUUAGAUUCGGGUUCAGUGUCUGGCAGGCUGAAUUCUGUCAACUUAGAUUAGGGUUCAGUGGCAGGGUGAACUCGGUCAACUUAGAUUAGAUUUCAGUAUCCAACAGGUUCAAGUGAAGUCACCAGGAUUGCAAUUGAAUACCUAUAAUGUAAAAUUCUCAUGUAGUUUGUACAAAAUUGUCAGUAAGAUACUUCUAAAUCAACAUAUUUUCAGUAAUCUUAAGAUAUUGUAAUUUUUGCUUUGAUUCAAUUUUGAAUGGAAUUAAAAGUAUAGCAAAAUUUAAUUCUGGAAUAUUUUGAUUAAACAGUGGAUAACAUUUAAAAUGAAAUAAUGAUCUCUUUAGGUCCGAAUGUAGGUAGCAGGAAUUUAAAUAUUAAAUACAGGGCUACUUUGCCAUGAGAGGUUGAAAUUUAGAUUAACAUCUGAUAGUUAUCUGGCAAAUAAAUCAAUGUUUCAGCAAAUGUGUCCAGGACAGUACAAUAGAGUACCUGUCUUCAAUAUUGUAGCAGACAUUUUAGUGUUAUUUGAAGAUGUACUAGUGUCCUCCCAUGGCAAAGUUGCCCCAGUAUUUGGUUCUUUCAAAGCUUUGUGGUGGAAAUAUUGUCUGUAAAUUAUAAGGCUAGAUGAAUAUGAGGUGAAUACUUUCAUGUGAAUAUCACCAUUUCUCAAGUCAAUGGGGAUAAAGGUGCUAUUUGGAUUUGCUUUAGGAAAGUAGCUAGAUUGUCAAUA